AUGGAUUGUAGUGAUGAUAAUGCUGGUGUCAAUGGGGUUGAUGUGGUGGUGGAAUUGGUGGUGAUGGGAUGGGUACGGGGCGCUGACAGUGCGAGCGUGGACGUGGUUGAUCUGCUGCCCGGUCCCAUCUGGCACAUCAUCUUCCGCCUCCUGCUGCUGCCACCGGCUGAUCCCACUCAUAAGCAAAAGCUGGACGCCUCUUGUGAGGAGUUAUCAUUGAGGGGAGCAGUGAGCAGCUUGUGUGACUUCAUUGCUCUGCAGCAGCAGCAGCCUGAUUCGCCAUUCUCAUUCAAGAUUGAAGAGGACGACGAGUACCGUCCCACUAUGAAUCCACUUUCUGACAGGGAGCUGUAUGAGCAAAACGCCAAGCGCUUUGGCUCCUCCUGGCACCUGCUAAGCCGUGCCAUGGCCAGCAAGAAGUUGCUCCGCCAUAUCAUUUCCUUCUCCGUGAGUGCUUUGCUUGCUUCGCAUUCAACAAUAACAAUCUCUGGUGCAAUGUUUCUCAUGGCAUGA